AAAAAAAAAAAAAAAGCGAUCGAUUACAAACUGCAAUGUCAAAUUUCGACAAUAACGGGCGUGCUUUUCUUGAUUGGUUGAUUAAUAAUGGUGCUUCUAUUAGUGACAGCAUUGCCUUUAAAGAUUACAGCUCUGAGAAUGCUGGACGUGGAGUAGUUGCUACAAAGGAUAUCAAAGACGGCGAUGUUUUGUUUUCCAUUCCUCGCAGUUUAUUAUUAUCUCAACUCACUACCUCUUUGAAGGAAGUCGAUGGUUUGUUGGACGACUUGAAUGGAUUACUUGGUUGGACCCCUCUGAUCAUCUCUUUAAUGUAUGAGAUGAAGAAAGACGAUUCAUUUUGGAAGCCUUAUUUAGAUGUACUUCCUCAAGCAUUCUCUACGCCUAUGUUCUGGACUGAAGAAGAGCUGAAAGAACUAAAUGGAACUGAUGUUAUACCUAAAAUUGGUAGAAGUGAAGCAGAAGAAACAUACAGAGAUGUCGUUGUACCUUUUAUGGAGAAAUAUCCUGCCUUGUUCAACAAAGACAUUCAUACGCUUGAGCUAUUUCAUAUUUGUGGCUCCGUUAUUAUGGCGUACAGUUUUAUUGAUGAGUUGCAAAAAGUCGGUAAAAGUAACAGUAAGCAUGAAGAUGGCGAAAACGUAGAGAAAAAUGGUGACGAGAAGAAUGAAGUGGGUUCUGACGACGAUGAUGAUGAGGAUGACGACGAAGAAGAAGGUCUUAUCACUAUGGUACCAAUGGCGGAUAUGCUAAAUCAUAAAACAGGGUUCAACAAUGCACGUUUGUUUCACGAAACAGACUGCCUACAAAUGAAGGCUAUUAAAUUUAUAAGGAAAGGAGAACAAAUUUACAAUACUUACGGUGAUUUAUGCAAUGCAGAUCUCUUACGAAAAUAUGGGUUUACGGAUGAGAACAACCCUUUUGAUUUGGUUGAAUUGGAUGGCCCCUUAGUCGUUAAGGCAGUUUAUCCGGAUGUAGAAGAUGAGAAAGUUAAAGAAAAAAUUGACUUUCUGAUGGAAGAAGGUGUUUUGGAUGAAUGCUUUGUGAUUGAUACGGAGUAUGAGAUACCGCCAGAGCUCAUUGUUACAGUGCAUGUCUUAAUCGCUACACCUGGCGAUUUCAAAAAAAUGGUAGAAAAAGAAAAGCUUCCCAAACCGAAGCUGACGGAAGAAGUGAAAAAUAUUAUUUUAAGUAUACUUAGAACGAGACUCGAAAGAUAUCCAACAGAUAUAAAGGAUGAUGAAUUGGAGCUCCAAGGCCUUAAAGGAGAGUCCAGCAACAAAAGAAAUGCGCUUAUGGUUCGUAUCGGUGAAAAGAAGAUUCUUUUCACGACGCUCAAAAAUUUGGAAUCAGCAGCUGUCGUCAAUAACAGCAGUGAUAGUAGUAAUAAGAAACGGCCUGCUUCUAAGCAUGAGAACAGCGACAGCAAGACUAAGAAGCAACGGAAAUAAUAUUAUUUCUUUUUUUUUGUUUGUUAAAGGUAUUAGAAACAGCUAAUAAAAAAGAACAAACUGUUAAGUCUAUUGCUUAAAUUGUUAUUGGCUUUAUAUCUAUAAAAAUAUAUUAUUUG